AGGAACGAUGACUAAUCGGCAGUAUUUCUCUUGAUUAUUUUUACAUUGUUACGCGAUAAAUGAACUCUAGGUAUGGAUACAACAUCAGGAAAACAACAAAAAACUCUAGUUACAAGGAUGGACUUGAAUCUUCUGAUAGAAUACGGUAUGAAACGAAGUUUGAUGUAAUUGGUGGACUUGACCCCUAUGACAGCAGCUUGAAGUGGUCAACAGAUGUUGACAUUCUUCCUUCUGUUACCUAUCCAGACAUUGUGAACUACCUGAUAUUCACUCCAAGUAGAUUUAAGAUUGAUGAUUUGAAAGCCUGGAAAUCUUUAGAAGCUGUAAACCAAUUGUGCUUUGGUUGGGUUCGAGAAAGAGGUGCCAUAGACACAGCAGGGCAUAUCGUUGUGAAGACAAAGGUCCUGCAUUCACAGAGGCUGCGAGAAAAGCCGCUACAACCAUGGGUCAUCGCAAAGCCAGAUGGUGUUGUUGUUGCUGCCCAUUGCAACUGCAUGGCUGGUCUUGGCGAGGCGUGUACUCACAUUGCAGCCCUAUUGUUUUCUGUCAUGGCUGCUGUGGAAGUAAGAGACUCUAAGUCUGUGACAGAAAGCAAAUGCUGGUGGAUACAGCCAACAGCUACAAAGGCGAUCAACUAUAAAGAAAUAAGUGAGACUGACUUCACAUCAAAGAAAUCCGCAGCCCGGAAGGUGACAUUAGCAUCUGAAAUGCCAGAGAAAACACUAACCACACGAAACUUCAAAGGCAAGCUUUCCGAAAGCCUCAUAUUCAGACUUAAUGUCAUUUUGUGAGAAAGCCCAACAGUUGCAGAAAAAAACAUGGCCUUCUCUCUGUCAUUGAUCCUUUUGCUGAUGAGUUCAUCCCAAAAGCAGACAAACUUGACUUGCCAGAACAGAUGACAAAACUUCGUGAUCCCGACCUCAUCGGCAAUGACACUACAUCUGUUCUUUUAAAAUGUUCCGAGGUAACAAUUACUUGCACAGCUGAGCAAGCUGCAAAUGUGGUAAUGGAGACACGGCAACAGUCAAAAUCUGGACUUUGGUUUAGAUUUAGAGCUGGUCGGAUAACUGCUUCAAAAAUGAAGGCUGCAUGUGUAACCAACCCACUGAAGCCAUCUGAAAGCCUUGUAAAGAGUAUUUGCUACCCUGAAAAUAGCAGAUUUGAAAACAUUGCAACAAAGUGGGGUCUAACUAUGAAAGCAGAGCACUUGACCAGUUUGUAAAGCAUGUUAGCCAUGAGCGCGAGGGAAUGUGCAUUUCAGACUGUUGUUUUUUCAUCAGCACAGACAGGCCAUUUCUUGGGGCGUCACCUGACGGAAUUCUCAAAUGUGCGUGUUACGGCUCUGCCUGUGUGGAAGUUAAAUGCCCAUAUACUAUAAGGGAUGAUAUCAUUUCAGAGAGCAAUUGUGCAUGCCUUGAAAUCAAAGAAGGCCAGUUGACACUAAACUGGGAACACAGCUAUUUCUACCAGGUUCAGACACAAAUGGGAGUGUGUAAAAUGGAUGUUACUUACUUUGUAGUGUAGACCAGUAAGGAUAUGUUUGUUGAGAAAAUUCCAUUUGACAAAAACUUCUUUGAAAAUAUUUGUAUGAAAGCUGACAAUUUGAUUCGAAUUGCUAUACUGCCCGAGCUUGUAGCUAAAGUGUAUACAACUCUGGUUGUUGACAAAAAUGAUCUAAACCAGUCUUCAUGUACUCCACCGCUCAAAUCAUCAGAAAACAUCCAAAGCACUGACAAAAGUGAUGAAAAACUGUAUUGUGUUUGUAACCAGGUUGAGUUUGGUUAAAUGAUAGGUUGUGACAAUGAGGAUUGUUAAAUUGAGUGGUUUCAUUAUGGUUGUGUAAAUAUUGAAAGUGCUCCAGCUGGGAAAUGGUUUUGCCAUGUAUGUAGGAAGCUGCCACAUUUUAAGCGCAGGCGUCUUGCUCGUCAUUAACUGGAUCAUUGUGUUGACUGUUUAGUUAAUAAGUGAAUUUGAUCUUUCAUAUGUAAAUGUAUUUCCAGAAGUUAACACAGUAAUGUACAUGCAUUUGUUCU